GCUUCUCAACCUGCUGGUCAUCGUCUCCAUCUCCCACUUCAGGCACAGAUUCAUGUCUUAGCUUCGACAAUAUCUUUACACGAACUUUCACUGUGAUAAUUCUCUUCAGAGUUUUAUCAUGGUGUGUUGACUUUUGUUUGACAGUGCAUAGAACCAAAAUUUGUAAGGUUUUACUACUUGUCAUUUGUGGUGUUGAUGAUUCUUGUGUUAAUAAUGUUCACAGUGAUGCUGUUCUCUCCCUCCAGGCAGCUCCACACUCCCACCAACCUCCUCCUCCUCUCUCUGGCUGUCUCUGAUUUCCUCAUUGGUCUUGUUGUGAUGCCGUUUCAGAUCCUCGCAACAGAACCCUGUUGGCUCCUGGGUGACUUAUUGUGUGUAUUCUAUAAUUUAUUUGUCUUCAUCACUACAUUUCCCUCAGUGGUAAACAUGGUUCUGAUAUCAGUGGACCGUUAUGUGGCCAUUUGUGAACCUCUGCAUUACGCCACCAAAUUCACUCAGAGGAAAGUUCAACUCUGUGUCCUCUUGUCAUGGGUUUCUUCUGUUUUUUAUGCCUUCAUGAUGUUAUAUGAUAACCUGAAACAACCAGGCAGGUUUAACUCCUGUUAUGGUGAAUGUGUGAUUAACAUAAAUGGAGCUGUUGACCUAGUGAUAAGCUUCAUCGUCCCCAUCUCAGCCAUCAUCAUCCUGUAUGUGAGGGUGUUUGUUGUGGCUGUGUCUCAGGCUCGUUCCAUGCGCUCCCACGUUGCAGCUGUUAAACUGCAGCGUUCACUGACUGUGACUGUCAGGAAAUCAGAAAUUAAGGCAGCAAAGACUCUUGGUGUGACAGUUGUUGUGUUCCUCAUGUGUUACUGUCCUCCUUACUGUUUGUCUCUCUCUGGAUACAAUCUCACAACUGGUACUUCAACCAGUGAUUUCCUGGGAUUUUUAGUUUUAUCAAACUCUUGUCUGAACCCUGUGAUUUAUUCUUUUCUCUACCCCUGGUUUAUAAAAUCUGUUAAACUUAUACUUACUUUAAAGAUACUGCAGCCCAGGUCCAGGGAGACUUGUGUAACUUAAACUGAGAGAAUGUUUAAAUAAUUGUACUUAGUUAAAAUGUUUUAUAAUUGUAACUGACAAAUUAAAAUGCUUAACGGUGUUUAUUGUGAUGCUCUAAACACAGUCUGUGUUAAACUGAGGAAAGUGGUUGUACAGUAUGUUCUGAUUAAAGAAGACUGAAAUAUGACUUCUUCUGUGUUUUUUUUUUCUCUCAGACCUGGAUUCUCUGAUCUGUCCUCUUGUCAUGGGUUUCCUCUGUUUUUAUAUGCC